AUGGUAUCUGCCGCUUUCUUCAUUCUUACCCUCCUGGCAAUGGCUUUUGGCAGGUACAUCAAGCAGCCACCAAGUCCAAGCUCGUCGGUUUCUCGGCGCGAGGUGUUCCAGCUUCCACCAGGGUUGGAUAUCCAAUUCCAUGAGCACAGUGCGAAUCAACGUCUUGGCGACGCUAUUUUCCGCUUUGCUAUCAAGCCUCAGUCGCAGAACCAGACCGCGCUACUUGAUUCCUUGAUGGCUACAAGUGAUCCUCUCAACCCUAAAUAUGGACAACACUUGUCGAAAGCCCAGGUAGUACAGCAGGCAGCCCCUGCUCCAGCAAUCGUGCAAGCGGUCACUGGAUGGCUGCAGGACAACGGACUGGUGCCGGACGCCGUCUCCCCCUCUGGAGACAUGCUCACCGUUCCCAUGUCACUGGAGAAAGCCAACUCAUUGUUGAACGCCAACUACUCCGCGUACGUGCAUACGGCCACGAACACAACGGUUUGGAGGACGCUCGCAUACUCAAUCCCGGCUCACAUCGACGAGCACCUGUCCUUCAUAUAUCCGACCACGCAAUUUAUCCCUCCCCCGGUUCCCGCGGCGAUCACGACACAGGUUGCGGGACAGGCCACCGGGAGUGUAUACCAGACCGUUGCGACCUGCGCAGAGGCGAUGACUCCUCAGUGUCUGCAGAAGCUCUAUAACAUCCCUUCCACGCCAGCUACCGCUUCAGGGAAUAGCAUCGUCAUUGGUGGCUCCGCAGGGCAAGCCGCGGACCUCAAGGAUUUGAAGGCGUUUCUGGCUCAAGAGCGACCGGGCAUCGCAAACGCUCCUUUCACAAUGCAAUUCGUCAAUGGCACCACAGUGCAAGGAAACGGUAUAAGUUCGGUAGCAAUGGCUGUUGGCGUGCAGUAUACGGUCGGACUGGCAACGAACGUGUCCACGACAGUCAUAUAUCCCGGACAAGAAGACGACACGGACGGCAUUCAGGGCCUCUUCGAUAUCACAAGUUCCCUGCUCGCACAGGACACUCCACCACAUGUGUUCCUUACAAACGUUCAGUACGAAGAGACUGCAUUCCAGACGGCCCCGGAGGUCGCGCAAUCUUUGUGCCACGCAUUCGCGCAACUCGGGGCGCGCGGAACAUCCGUGAUCGUUACGUCUGGAGGCAGUGGCAAUGAUUCCCGUGCGAUGUUUCCUGCGACGUGCCCUUACGUUACUUCCGUGGGCAGUACUCAAGGAAGCAAUCCCGAGCGCGCAGCAGACUUCUCCGCUGGCGGGUUCUCAAACAUGUUCCCUCGCCCUGCAUAUCAGCUCGAUGCCGUGGGUGGCUAUCUGAAGCAAGUAGAGAACUCAGACGCAAGCUCGGUCAACACCACCGGUCGCGCAUACCCAGACGUAUCUGCACAGGGCGCUCAGUUUGUUGUCGAAGUCGGCGGUCAGGCUCAGAGCGUCAACAGCACGACGGCCUCGAGCGCGACGUUUGCGGCCGUCAUUGCGCUCCUCAACGAUCACCUGCUCAAUGCCGGGAAACCGCCGUUGGGGUUCUUGAACCCGUUGUUGUACUCCAAGGGCCUCCCAGCUCUGAACGACAUUGUCUCCGGCAGCAGCAGCGAACCGAGCCGCUUUACCGUGAACACCGGAUGGGACCCGAUCACCGGGCUCGGAACUCCCGAUUUCGAGAAGUUGCUCGAGGUCGUAGCUGGGAGCAACUCGAACGCGAAGAGAUCUCGAACUGCGGAGACUCCCCGUCGCUCCUUCGCAGCCCCGACAGCUGACGCCAUCGGAGGCUCGGGCCUGGAGGGUCUGUUCCCAUUCGAUUCUUCACAGAAAUAG